AUGAAAAAGAUGUUUUUAAAAUCGAUAAUUAUUUUUGUCCUUGUGGGGGUAUCUGCUGGUAGUUCCUACGAAGGAUACAAAGUGUAUAAGGUCACUGCCAAAACAGAAGCCGAAAAUGAUUUCCUGAGGGAGCUGGAGCUCAAUCCAGAGUUUGAUUUCUGGUCCAAGGUUAAUAAAAUUGGAAAACCUGUGACAAUUAUGGCCUCUACAUCAGUCCAAAGUGAAUUCGAGCAAAGUCUUCUACGCAACGAAAUUGACUACAGUGUGGAGAUUCAAAACGUCCAAAAGACCAUUGAUUUAGAAUCAGAAUAUCACCGCUCCAGAUCACUUCCAAUCGGACGAAUCGCCUUCGAUCAGUACCUACGGUACGGAGAAAUCACUGCCUAUUUAGCCCAAGUAGCUGCCGAUAAUCCCCGUUUAGCGACCGUUAGUACCAUUGGAGAAUCCUAUGAAAAUCGUACCAUGAACAUCAUCCAAAUUUCUGAUGGUAAUGGACGAAAACCGGUACUUUUCAUCGAAGCUGGAAUGCACGCCAGAGAAUGGAUUUCGCCCGCUUUGGCCCUCUACAUCAUCAAUCAACUGGUAGAAAAUGAAAGCAAUCGUGCUCUUCUUGCAGAUCUGGAUUGGAUCAUUCUUCCAAGUAUGAACCCUGAUGGGUACGAAUACACGUGGACUACGAACCGAAUGUGGAGGAAAACCCGAUCUCCUGGAUCAGAAUGUUGGGGUACCGACGGUAAUCGCAACUUUGGUUUCCACUGGAUGGAAAAUGGCGCUAGCGACCAAGAAUGCGAAGAAAUCUACGCCGGAAAAUCUGCUUUUUCGGAAGUAGAAGCUCGUAAUUUGAGGGAUAUUUUGAACGCCACUGAAAAUGUACUCGGAUUUAUAUCUCUGCACAGUUAUGGCCAACUCUUGUUCUAUCCAUACAGCUACGAAGUUGGUGCUGUACCUGACAACUGGAAAGAACUAGACGAACUUGCCCACAAAGCGAACGAUGCCAUCGCUGCUGUCGAUGGUACCGAAUACACCAUUGGAAGUUCCACUGAAAUUCUUUACCCUGCUGCUGGGUGCAGCGACGACUGGGCGAUGGGUGGGGCCGGAAUUGAUAUGGUACUAACGUUCGAACUGCCAGGUGGUGGACCAAACGGCUUUGACCUACCACCCGAAAGAAUUCUGCCCGUUGUUACGGAAACUUGGGAGGGAAUUAAAGUGAUAGCGGAUUAUGUAGCCCAAAAAGCUAAAUAA